AUGGAUCUUGACUCACCCAUUCUCCAAGCUACAGCCUUGGUAGCCUUCUUUGGGGUGCUCGCCUACCAGUGGCACUCGAGUCAGAAGGGAAGCUAUGCUAUUCCACCAGGGCCAAAGCCUCUACCGAUUGUCGGCAAUGUCCUCGAUCUUCCACCCAAAGGGGAGCCGGAGUUCUUACAUUGGUUCAAGCACAAGGAUACCUAUGGCCCCAUCAGCUCGAUCAAUGUGAUGGGCCAGAGGCUCGUCAUCUUCCAUGACAAGGACGCGGCGCAUGCCGUUAUGGGGAAGAAGGCCCAAAAGACGUCAGCGAGACCCCAACUGAACUUUGCGAGGCUAUGUGGUUUCGACAACUUCUUGAUCACCCAUCAAUACGACGACAAGUAUCGAAAGCACCGAAAGAUGGUCCAUCAGGAGAUCGGCACUAAGUCUCUAUCGGCCGGUUUCUAUCCUGUCCAGGAAAGGGAAGCCCUUCAUUUCACUCUACAGACUUUCCAUGACCCUGACGGAAUUCUCCAGCAUCUCAAGAGAAUGGCAGCGGCGGUCGUUUUAUCAAUUACCUACGGAUAUACGAUUGAGAGGAAAGGGCCAGAUCCACUCGUCGAUCUGAUCGAGCACGCCAUGGAAAACCUCUCCCGUGCAUUUGUUCCCCUUUCCUGGGCCAUAGAUGCUGUCCCUGCUAUCAAUUAUCUUCCCGAUUGGUUCCCUGGUAUGACAUACCGGAAGACAGCUCAAGAAUGGAAAGCGAUCAACGAGGCCGCGGCAGAGCUCCCAUACGCUUUCGUCAAGCAGCAGUUGGAAAAAUCGGCUCACCGGCCAUCAUAUGUUUCCAACCUUCUCGAGAAGAACAUGACAAGAUCCAAAACCAACGACAUAAAACUGGAUGGGGAUGACGAAGAGGCCAUCAAGUGGACUGCUGUCAGCCUCUACGCCGCCGGCUCUGAUAGUACCGUCGCCAUAAUAACCAGCGUCAUUCUGGCCCUGGUAAUGUUUCCCGAAGUGCAGGAGAGGGCACAAGAAGAGCUUGACCGUGUGGUCGGCGGCGACCGACUUCCCACCUUUGAGGACCGGAAAAAUCUGCCCUAUAUCGAUGGCAUCGUGAAGGAAGCAUGGCGAUGGAAUCCCGUUGGACCGAUGGGCUUGACACACAAAUCUGAAGAAGACAUCGUCUAUGGAGAAUACGUCAUCCCCAAGGGGUCGUAUCUACUUCCCUCCCUCUGGUGGUUCCUGCACGACCCGAAAGAGUACUCGGACCCAGAGAUUUUCAAACCGGAGAGGUACUUAGAGCCGCUCAACGAGCCGGACCCGAGUGAACUCGCCUUUGGCUACGGGCGGCGAUCUUGUGCUGGCCGCUUCUUCGCGGACGGGAGUGUCUACAUCACCCUCGCGCAGAUGCUUUCCGUCUUUAGGCUCUGCAAAGACACGGACGCGCAGGGGAACGAGAUCCCCGUCAAGCUUGAGGCAAUUCCAGGGAUGGUGAACCGGCCCAAGGAAUUUGCCUUCAAGAUCGAGCCUCGAAGUCAGCAUCAUAUCGAGCUUCUGGAACGCAUUGAGGCAGCGCAAGAGCCUGAGACUAGCGAUGCUAGAUUCCUCGACAUCAGCCCACUGGAAUGA